CUGCCGCCGCGCAGGCGCCGUGGGGGCGGGGAGCGGGUCCGAAGUGGAAUUGCGGCGGCCGUUCCUGGCGCCGUUCGCAGCGGGGCGGCGCGGCGGGGAUGAGCCUCCGCCCGGCCCGGCCAAGGGGACGCGGGCGGGGAGACGCCGUGCGCCAGGCCGGGCCUCCAGCUGGCCGCCGCCGCCGCCCGCCGCUGCCGGUGGCGUCUCGCAGCCGAACGGCCGCGGCGCUCGGGGAGCGUCGCUGACCAGAGCCGCCCGCUCGGGCCCUGCUGGCCCCGGGGGCGAGGGAGAGGGGCGCGCAGGUAGCGGGGCGGCUGCGUCCCGGCCCGACCCCCCCGGGGGGGCGGGGGCCGUUGGGGCGGCCCGGCCCCCCCCCCCGCCUCGCCUCGCCUCCCCUCCCCUCCCGUUCUCCGCGCGGUGGUUCGGCGGGCGAGGGGGGAACGCGGCCCGGCGCCCGCGGGGAGGAUGGUGAAGCCGCCCUCAGCCCCCGCGCCGGGCCGGGAGGCGGCCGAGCCGAGCCGGGCCCGGGCCGCCCUCCGCAGGGGCUGAGGGGAUGAGCCGUGCCCCGCCGGGUGGUCGCUAGCGGAAGGAUGACCACUCCCGCCCUGCUGCCGCUCUCCGGGCGGAGGCUGCCCCCCCUGAACCUGGGGGCCUCCGCCUUCCCGCACCACAGGGCUACCUUGAGACUCUCCGAAAAAUUUAUCCUGCUCCUUAUUCUUAGUGCCUUCAUCACCCUGUGCUUCGGGGCGUUCUUCUUCCUCCCGGACUCCUCGAAGCACAAGCGCUUUGACCUGGGCUUGGAGGAUGUGCUCAUUCCUCACGUCGACACCAGCAAAGGGGGCAAGAACCUCGGCGGCUUCCUCAUCCACGGGCAAGGGCACGACGAGCACCGGCACAGAGAAGAAGAGGAACGUCUGAGAAAUAAGAUCCGAGCAGACCAUGAAAAGGCUCUGGAAGAGGCUAAGGAGAAAUUGAAGAAAUCACGUGAUGAGAUUCAAGCUGAGAUUCAGACAGAAAAGAACAAAGUAGUGCAAGAGUUGAAAAAGAAAGACAGCAAGCCACUGCCCCCCGUUCCUUUACCAAAUCUUAUAGGGAUAAACAGUGGAGAACCAGCAGAUGUGGAUAUCCGAGAGAAGAGGAACAAAAUUAAAGAGAUGAUGAAGCAUGCCUGGGACAAUUAUAGGCAGUAUGGAUGGGGACAUAAUGAGCUCAAACCAAUUGCCCGGAAAGGACAUUCCACCAACAUAUUUGGAAACUCACAAAUGGGUGCUACCAUAGUAGAUGCAUUGGAUACUCUUUAUAUCAUGGGACUUCAUGAUGAAUUCAGAGAAGGACAAGAGUGGAUUGACAAAAAUCUUGAUUUCAGUGUGAAUUCUGAAGUGUCUGUUUUUGAGGUCAAUAUUCGCUUCAUUGGUGGUCUUCUAGCAGCAUACUACCUUUCAGGACAAGAGGUUUUCAAGAUCAAAGCAGUGCAACUGGCAGGAAAACUUCUUCCAGCCUUCAACACACCUACAGGUAUACCAUGGGCAAUGGUGAAUCUGAAAAGUGGUGUGGGUCGAAACUGGGGCUGGGCUUCUGCCGGCAGCAGCAUCCUUGCUGAGUUUGGUACUCUGCACAUGGAAUUUGUCCACCUCAGCUAUUUGACAGGGGACCCUGUAUACUACAACAAGGUCAUGCACAUUCGGAAGUUACUUCAAAAAAUGGAUCGUCCGAAUGGACUUUAUCCAAAUUAUUUGAAUCCAAGAACAGGCCGAUGGGGUCAGCAUCACACAUCCGUGGGCGGGCUGGGAGACAGUUUUUAUGAAUAUUUAUUGAAAGCCUGGCUUAUGUCAGACAAGAUGGACACGGAGGCAAGGAAAAUGUACGACGAUGCAAUUGAGGCCAUAGAAAAACAUCUCAUCAGAAAGUCCAAUGGUGGACUGACCUUCAUUGGGGAGUGGAAGAACGGGCACCUUGAAAGAAAGAUGGGCCAUUUGACCUGUUUUGCAGGGGGAAUGUUUGCCCUUGGAGCAGAUGGUUCCAGAGAUGAUAAAGCUGGACAUUAUUUGCAACUUGGAGCUGAAAUUGCACACACGUGUCAUGAGUCAUAUGACAGGACAACAUUAAAGCUGGGUCCAGAAGCAUUCAAAUUUGAUGGUGGCGUAGAGGCGGUAGCAGUGCGGCAGAAUGAGAAGUAUUACAUCCUAAGACCAGAGGUGAUUGAGACCUACUGGUAUAUGUGGAGAUUCACCCACGAUCCCAAGUACAGGCAGUGGGGCUGGGAGGCAGCGCAGGCAAUUGACAAGUAUUGCCGAGUCAGUGGUGGCUUUUCCGGUGUCAAGGAUGUCUAUUCCUCAUCUCCUACAUAUGAUGAUGUACAGCAGAGCUUUUUUCUUGCUGAAACUUUGAAGUAUUUGUAUCUACUUUUCUCCAAUGAUGACCUUCUACCAUUAGACAACUGGGUUUUUAACACAGAAGCUCAUCCUCUGCCUGUUUUACAUUUAGCCAACACCACACUGUCAGGAAAUCCUGCAUAUCAAUAAAAACAGCUCUGUGAAGAGGAAGAGAGACUGUUUUCAGCUCUGUUUUGUUUACAUGGACCACUUGAGACUUUAAGCAGGAGAGGAGACAGACACUUGAUAAAACUAGACCUCUUGAGUCAAGCAAGUACCGGCGUGAGAAAUAAAGCUCUUCAACAUAUAGAUAAGUUAAAAGUUCGGUUUUAUACAUGACCAAAACAUGUUAGUAUGGUGUUUGCAGGACGGAGACUUCAUGCGCUUUGAACCCUAGCAAGACAUGGAAUCUACUGCUUAAUACAAAUGUAGCAGCUUAAGGAAGAAGAGGCUUCCCCAUCUAGGGAGAGGAACUUGCUGCUGCUGCUGUUCGCUGUUGCAAGGAACAACACACCAGUCACCUCUUCCAAUCGGGUGGGUUCCAAAUACCUAGAUUUUAUUUGGGGGUUUGUUUUUGUUUGAUGAUGGCAUGAACAAAGCAACAACAUCACUGCACCAGCAGCAUCAGGAUUUGAAUUUUUUUUCUGUACCUGUCUGAAUUUUCUAAGGAGCAUCUGUUUGUCCAGACUGGCAGCCAUUCUCAGGGCCUCAAAGCUAAACUCUAAACUAUAAAAACUGUUGCCUUCUCAUUUUCCCUUUCCAGAAUAAUGCUGAAAGAUGUGUGUUGUAUGCUUACAUCAAAAAAAAAAACAAAACAAAACAAAACAAAACAAAACCCACAAAAACCAAAACCCAAACAAUUAGCAAGCAUUUGGUUUGUAGUUCACUGUCAGCAGCGUGGGCUUAGUUCAUCUGGCAAGCUGCGGUCACAGUCUGGAGCGUAUCACAGAGGUAGGUAGGAGCCUAAGUUUCCCUUCCUCACAAAUCUUGGAAAAAUAGAUGGAAAAAAACACUGUCUUAUUAGUCCUGGUUCUUUUUAGCUAAAGAAACAGAGCUGACAACAUGAGAAAAACAGUCUCUCGUGAUUUAUAUAGGAGGAUACAGUAUAUGGCACUUAAAAAUGCUGCCAUUGAGAUAAGCAGCAGGAGUUUGUUGCUUUAUAUUUUUCCACACAAUCUGGAUUUUUCCUGAAAGUUAAAUUUCAUUCGUUGAAUACUAUUCACAGAACCUUCUUUGGAGGUAUGGGUAUGACAGAAGCCCCAAACUGCCUUUGAUUUAGUUUACAAAGCGCCUUUUCUUCUGGAUGCUCCAGUACAAAGCCAACAUGAUCUCUGGAAACAACAUCUCUCACAUAUGAGUAGAACAAGAAACUGAAGAGUCUCCUCUUCCAUUAGUUUAUGAGAAAUGUGAUGCUGCUACCUGCGUAGUUUUUUCCAAGUACUCCUAGGCUGGGCUGGACAGAAUCACUUAAAUUGAGUCUGCUUCAGUCUUCGCUUCCUUGCUAAAAGAAGUUUCAUCUUUUUGGGUAUAUCUCAAUCUCUUUUUUUUUUUUACUGCUGUUCCGGAAUCCUUACAGCUCAAAUUAUUCUUUUUAUUCCCCCUCAUAGCUCUCAAAUCCUUUUGCCAUGGUGACUGGCCCAUAUGCUAAAAAAGAGCUGUGAGAUGCUGCUUUCCCUCCUAAUUAGUGCACGGGUUGAGCCUGUAAAAAAUCUUGAUUGUGUUUUCAUACCGAAGUGAGUGGAAGAACUCUUCAGUGAGCUACAGCAGUGCAGCAUCAGAUCUAAAGGGAGUGAGCGCUAUCUGUUCACCUCAAAAAAAUUUUUAUAUGAAGUUUUAUAUAUAAAAGCUUUUCUCUUUAUCAUAUUAUCUCUGACUGUACAUUAUAGUAGAAUUUCCCCCCUAAAAUUUUCCUUCACUUGUCUUUGACACUUAGACAUAGAAAUCACAUGAUCUAAGAAAAAAUGCUAUCAGAUGCUUUUUUCCAGACAGUUACUUCAGUUUGAGGAGGAAACUCCAAUCUCAGUGUUUUACCUUAAUACCAGUUACUUAGUUACUGCAGUUUGCAGCAGUAUCUUAAAAAUAAUUUGAGAACUGAUAAAGUAAUUAUUAUAGUAAAUAAUACUGAUUCAAGUAAUUGUUUAUUUAAAAUUAGAAGUAGCUUAAUAAAUGGAUUAUUCUUACUGGUCCCACAUUGAUUUCUAAUUAGUAUUCGGUGAGUUAUUGAAGAGCUAGUAAUUUUCCAUUUUUCAAACUUCAGAUAUGUUGUGUUUUCAAAUCAAGUUUUUCCCAUCCUAUGAAAAUUGUUAUUAGUUUAAAACUGCACUCGGUUGCCUUGUUCUCCUAAAUUGGUCUGGGUACAGAGGAGAAAGAGGAAAAGCAGACUCUUCUGUUUUAUUAAACUAAACUAAACUAAAAUAAAAUAAAAUGCGAAAAAAAGAAAAGCACUUUCAUACACCCAUCCCUGUACAUCACCUGAUAAAUGCAGAUGUAGAAUGGCUGCCAGUCUGUUCAGAGAAAGGACAAGGACAGAAUUCUAGAGUCCCAGAAACAGCAAACUCUUAUCACUGCUGCUCUUCCGUCCCCCCCUUGUGAAUUAAAGAGCGACCCUUCAAAUUAAUUCCUCCGCGAAUCCCAAUGGGUUAACUCACUGCCACAAGAAUGCUUGAAUUGAGGACCUAAGCCAUUUCAUGUUGUGGGAUGGUAUUUUUCUCAAAGCAGAUGUACAGUACUGCUAUUUUUUCUUUGUGUAGACAAGCAGCAGGUACCAAAUAAAGGACACUUGUUUCUCGUUUCCCAGUUGCCCCAACGGCUGUCAGUUUCUACUCUAUCACUCUUUAAAAGACAAACUAUCCUUUUCCUCCAGAAGCUACCGAUGUGCAUAGUCUAUCAAAAAUCAUGUAUUUUAAGAACUAAUUGCUGUGUCAUUCAUGAAUCUCUCCAUCCUGAGAUUUCCUAGAGCAAGCUGAGUUUGGAGGUAAUGGGUUUUGAGCGAGGUGCGUGCAUAAUAACCAAGCACCGCAGAUACUGAAACUUCUGACUGAAGUGAUGUGCCCUCGUUCCGAGUACUUCACAGAGAAGUAGGUUCUGAUCUGCAGAAUGGCGUUAUGUGCAACCCAAAGUUCAGACUGUUCUCUCUCUGGGUACGUAAGGUACAGUAGAAUAUUGCCAUUUUCAUUCUGUUGCUGCUGUCUUACUUUCAUGAAGAUAGAGUGUAAAUUUAAGCACAAAAUGACUUUUUUAGUCCUAGUUGUUUCUGAGUCUUGCACUGUAUUCUCUAACAAAACAAUCCUCCUUUUCUUUAGGUAGAUGUGCCAUUUUAGCAACUUCUGCAAUACCCACUCCUGUAAAGAACAGAAAGUCAUGUACAUUUUUGGCACACUGGAUUUGGGCAAGAGCCUGGAAAUCCCAGAAUUGUCUAUUUCCUGUUUGCGUGCAGUCAAAACAAGGCUGUUCAGUUAUUUUCCUAAUCCAAGAUUCAAACUUGCCUGUUGGUCAGGAUCUGCUAGCAGUAAAUUUUUUUCUAACGCUUACAGCUUGAUUUUUCAAAGCAGCCAGAUUUCUGCAGCUUCCAUUGACCACCCUGGAGCUGUGUGUGUCCUGCAGUCAAGAAGUCAACUUCUUAUCUUUGUCCUCUAAAGACAAAACCCUUGAAUGAUAUUCUGGAUGUUCAUUUUGCUGCACCAUCUAAUCCUUUUAACUGAAUUUUUAAGAAAAGUAUGGAAAAUAGUAAGUAUGCUGGAGUAAAGGGGAAAAGCAGGGAGUUCCCUGUGCCAGUCACACCUUUGAGGCUCCUUUAGCUCCCUACUCCAAAUUUGUGGAUCACUGUCUUCUAACUCCCAAUCACUGAUGUAUUCCCACUCAGUAUUUUAGAAGAUUUGAAUGCUGAGUAUCUGGAUUCUGAAAAGUAAAAAUAAUUACACACUCUCUCUAACACCAUCCUUUAAGGUUAAAGGUCUACCCUGUGCUGAUUUACAGCUAAGCAACGCCCUAUUGCGCAGUCUUUUAUAAUCCCCUUUUGUCCCUGAGGAAAUGAUAUUACAGAGCUUAGGUAUCUGACUCUCCCUAGUUUGGAGAAAUGGUUAAUAGCAUUAACAUUGAAAGGAUCAACCGUGUAACCUGGCAUCCACAGAGAAUGGUGAGGCAGUUUGCAUCUCAGGGCUGUAGUAACAGGCUUUUAGCAAAUUGAGCCUGUUAUGUCCAUUAAUAAAUCUAGUCCGUGUUUUUAAGGGGACAAAUAAGAAACAGCCUUCUUGUUACCAGAGAAUAAUGAAAGCAAGCUCUUGAUCCACACUGUAGUUUAGAGAUCUUCAUCCUGAUAUGACAUCCCUCUUUCUCUCCUUGAAUUUUGAUAAACAGUCUUCUGACUCAAGAGUUUGAGUUUCUAUACAAAGAGGAAACGCAAGCUCUUUUGCAAGUUACGUGCAUACAACUGUAGCAGAGAUGAUAAGCACUAGCUGCUUUGGCUGGCAGCUCCUUCUAACAAAGUGCUCUGUAAUUGCCCAGAAAAGUUAGGAACCACUGAAGUGGAAGGAGACAGCCUGACUUGUUAUGGUGAAUUGUUGCCUUUAAUCCUAAUCGCUUGGUGGAAGUUGGAUUUGCAUUCUGCCUUUAUUCUUGCUUUCUCUAAAACGGACAGAUUAUUUUUCCUCCAAAAUAAUAAAAGGGCAAAAGUCUAUCUUCUGAUGUGGAAACCUUCUGCCUCUGACCUGGAAUCCUGCAUAUGUACUUUUUACAGAUUAAAAAUAAUAUUGUAUAUUAAAAAGAUUGAAUAAAGAAUGUCUUUAAGUGAAAAA